UCGCCCGCUUUUUAUCGGUUGCGCGGUUUGGCGCCCCGCCUCGCCCCACCCCUCAGACCCGCAACUCGACGCCUGCCCGGCCUGUGGGAGUUUGGAAAGAGAGGCGGAAAGGCCUGUGGGAGGCCAAGGGAGAGUGGGCUCUAGAAGCGGCUUUAGACCGCGCUUCUCGAAGUUGGCGUUCCCUAUUCUCUGGCUUAACUGAGGUUUUGCUGUGCUUUUGUUCUACGUAUGAAUAGACCUUGUUGCAAGCCAAAGUGUAAGAGCAAACUUUUCAAAGGCAGCAUGAAUCACUAAGCAGUGAGGCUAUAACAAAGUGUACCGACAACUCUGCUGACACAACUAUUCAAAGUUGACCAUUAACUUCCCAGUUUAAGCAUUAUGACAAAGGAAGACUCUUACAGGGAAGAAUUUAGUUAUGACAGAAUGCCAACUUUGGAGCGUGGAAAACAAGAGAGUGGAAAUUAUGUUCCAGAUAUUAAAUCUAGUGACCUUCAGCUAUCAAAGAGAUUUCAUCCUUGUUUUAGUUAUAGAACAUGGAUUUAUUCUUUACUGAUGGGGACUUGCAUACUUGUUACCUCUGGAUUUUCACUUUAUUUGGGGAAUGUUUUUCCAUCUGAAAUGGAUUACUUGCGGUGUGCAGCAGGUUCCUGUAUACCCUCAGCAGCAGUGAGUUUUGCCAUAGCCAGAAACAAAGUUAAUGUGAUACCCAAUUUUCAGAUUCUGUUCGUUUCUACAUUUGCGGUUACAACAACAUGUUUAGUUUGGUUUGGAUGCAAACUUGUGCUGAACCCUACAGCUAUAAAUAUUAAUUUCAACUUGAUUCUUCUAAUUCUACUGGAAAUUUUCAUGGCAACUACUGUAAUAAUAUCAGCAAGAUCUAAUGAGGAGUGCUGCAGAAGGAAGAAAACAUCUGUGUAUGAUAGUACCAGCACACUGAAGAGCAUCUGCUUUCCAGCAAGGAUCCUAAAAUCCUAUUCAGUAAUUGAAGUGAUUAUUGGAAUUUCUUCCGUGUUUGGUGGAAUAAUAGCUUUGAAUAUGGAUGUGUUAGUUUCCGGCCCAUAUCUUUCAGUAACAUUCUUUUGGAUCUUAGUGGCUUGUUUCCCCAGUGCCAUUGCAAGUCAUGUUGCUGCUGAAUAUCCAAGUAAAUGCUUGGUAGAAGUCCUGAUUGCCAUAAGCAGUGUUACAUCCCCAUUACUAUUCACAGCCUCAGGAUAUUUGUCCUUCAGCAUAAUGCGUGUUGUUGAUAUCUGUAGAAACUAUCCACCAACAGUUAAGCAAUCUUAUGAUGUACUUCUCCUGCUUCUAAUGCUGAUGCUGUUAAUUCAAGCUUUCCUCACCACUGGCACUGUUAUAUUGUGUGUUAGCUUCAAAGCAAAAAUGAAAAUAUGUAAUUCACUGUGGGGUAUGCCACAAAUAAACAAACAGGACUACAAAACAACAGAGAUAUCCAAUAACAGCCUGAAGGAUUUUGACAAAGAGAAAGCUUGGAAAGCUGUUGUAGUGCAGAUGGCUCAAUAAUCUGGAUGCAGGAGAUUGAAACAAACAAAUUGUGGGAGUUGACAUAUUCUAACCUUUAAUUUGCAAAUUAACUUUGUAUGCUAAUGCUGUGGUCGCAUUCACAAAGCAACUUACUCCAGAACAGCUCCAUUUACUAUUUCAGAGUGAUUUGAAAAUAGCAGGAGCUAGCCAGAAUUUUAGAGAUAAACAGUUACAUCUUAUUUCAAAAGUAAUCAACUUUUUUCAAUAGAACAUGUGGUUCAUUGUUGUAUUUUAAAGAUUGGAUUUGUAGUAUUUUAUUUCAAUUCACAUUGCUAAUAAGAAAUUAAAACCAUAUGAAUAAUUAAAUGUAAUAGUUAUGUGGUUGGUCUUGAUUAUUGCAACAUACAGUACUAGUAUUCAGUUGAUGAAAAAGUCUAAGCAAGUUUGUAAAAUUCUCAUAUAAUCAUAGAUACUUUUGCCUGUAAAUGUAGGAGUUGUAAAGUUCUUAAAUUCUAUUACUUUUGUAUACAAUAAAGGUUUUUAUUA